AUGUGUGUUAUUUUGUAUUGUUCCAGUAACUUGCGUCUUCAAAAGCGUCUCGCCGCUUCUGUUAUGAAAUGCGGCAAGAACAAAAUUUGGCUUGACCCCAAUGAAGUCAGUGAAAUCUCCAAUGCCAACUCGAGACAAAAUAUUCGUCGCCUGAUCAAGGAUGGUCUCAUUAUCCGGAAACCAGAAGUUGUGCAUUCUCGCUAUCGUGCUCGUUUGUAUGAGGAGGCACGCCGAAAGUUGAAGGGACGACACUCUGGGUACGGUAAAAGGCACGGAACAAAGAAUGCUCGUAUGCCCGAAAAGGUCCUCUGGAUGAGACGUAUGCGUGUGCUCCGUAAUCUGCUCAAGAGGUAUCGCGAAUCGAAGAAAAUCGACAGAACUCUAUACCAUGAGCUUUACCUCCGCGCCAAGGGUAACAAUUUCAAGAAUAAGAAGCACUUGAUGGAGUACAUUUUCCGAAAGAAGAGCGAGAACAAGCGUGCUAAACAGCUUGCUGACCAAGCUCAGGCUAGACGUGACAAGAACAAGGAGGCUCGUAAGAGAAGAGAAGAACGGCAACACGCUAAGAGAACCGAGCUUCUUCGUAAGAUCUCGGAAAGUGAAAAGAUGGCUGAGCAGAAGUAA